AUGAGGGACCUCGACGGCAAUGAAGUUGACAUGCGCGACCUUCUCGAGAACAAUGUCGACCAGAAGCCUCCUGAAGAUGAUGGCAGUGUGCGCGCAUCUCAUUGUAUCGCGGAGUACAACUACGCCAUCAAGACCUUCAAGAUCCCCGACAGCGCGGUUCCGCUGCCCAAGCUCUUCGACAUCUACUUUCACCCCAACCGCUGCGAUGUGCCCGUCGCUCCUGAAGACCUCCAGCUCGGCGUCUACUUCUCCAGUUACAACACCAUCGCCCGCGAUGGCUUCAUCGCACAGAAGACGCAGCAUAUCAACAUCAUUCGGACCAUCUGGUUCUACGGUUUGGAUUGCGCCCAUGCGUUCACCAUGUACAGCCGCCAUAUCCGUUGGAACGUCAUCAUCAUGUCCUUCCUUUGGGCAACUGAUUUCAACGAGCGGUACUGCAAGCCUGGAUGUGGACCUUUCGUCAUACAAUUCAUCAAAGCCUGGAUGGAGUCACUAGUCUAUCAACACGACAUCUCCGACAACUGCUUCGUCGAACGCGAGGCCUUCAUCAAGUUCUGGAGGAAUGGCCCUUUCGACUUAUACUACUUCGGCAAGAGCGAUCAGAAGAAGAUGACCGGCAGAAUCGCAUACCUGCACAAGCAGCUCGAGAUGGUAGACCUACCAAAGCAUGAUGACAUUGUGCAGGCGAUGCGGGGCGGUAAGGUCGACGAGGAGAAGUUCAAGAAGUAUGGUGCCGUGUUAGCCCUCCAGUGGGUUAUGGGACGAGAGCAGCGCGCGCGGAAGGAGCAGGAAGAGGUCGACCGCGAGAACGAACUCAACCAGUCUGAUCUGGAGUUGGCUGAGGCGGAUAGGGAGGUCGCGGAAGCGAAGAAGCAGGUGGAGCUCACUGCUGCAGCCCUUGAGAACGUCGACGAGAUGGAAGAAGAUGAUGAGGAAGAGGAGGAAGAAGAUGGCUUCGAUCCCUUCCCCAAAGAGUACCAUCCCCGUCUCUCUACUGUGCCUUGGGAUGAUAUAGAUGGCAUUGUUCUGCCACUGCUCAUGUCCGUGGAUACAGCACUUCCUCAUCCCAAGAAGGUACGCGAGCAGGACCGUCCCAAGCCCCAUGAGGACACUUUCUACAUCACCAAGGCACAGGUCUUCCAGGGUGUCUUCGGGGUCACGGAUAGCGUGAAUGAGGAGUUGGGUGAGGGCAUGUUGAUGCUUACAUCGAUGAUGCACACCAAGUUGGACUAG